CUUCGAAGAUCCUCUAUGUCUGGAGAGACCAGUCACUCCCGAACCUGCAAAAAGUUUCAAAAUCGACGGCGCUGGGGGUGUGCCUACCCUGUCAAUCAAAGACCAGACGCAUUAGUGAUUGGCUGCGUGGAGCGCCGGGCCCCGCCCCCGCUGGCGCGCAGCAGCGUUGAAAUGACACCGUGGGAACGCCGAGCGCUUCAAACGGAGGCGCUCCGGGCGAACCUGUGCAUGUACGCACGUCUGGCAGAGCCGAACCGACAGACACGCAGGAAUACUCUGAAGCCGUGAAAAAUGAAAAGGAAUCACGAUUUUAGCUCCUCGGACAGCGAACUGGAUGAGACCAUUGAAGUGGAGAAGGAGAGCGCAGAUGAGAAUGGAAAUAUAAGCUCCCCUCUCGGGUCCAUGUCUCCGACAACAUCAACUCAGGUCCAGGCGCGGAAAAGACGCAGAGGAAUCAUCGAGAAGCGGCGCAGGGACCGAAUAAAUAACAGCUUGAGUGAGCUCCGCAGGCUGGUUCCCAGUGCCUACGAGAAGCAGGGUUCAGCCAAACUUGAAAAGGCGGAAAUUUUGCAGAUGACUGUUGAUCACCUCAAGAUGCUGCAUGCUGCAGGGGGCAAAGGUUACUUUGACGCCCACGCCCUGGCGAUGGACUACCGCGGUUUGGGUUUCAGGGAGUGCCUGGCCGAAACCGCCCGCUACCUCAGCAUCAUUGAGGGCCUGGACAGCACGGACCCGCUGCGGAUCCGCCUGGUCUCUCACCUGAACAACUACGCCAGUCAGCGAGAGGCUCACACUGGCCUGAGUCACCUGGCCUGGGGCUCUGCCUUUGGAUCGCCUCCGGCCCACCUCGCGCAUCCCAUCCUCCUCCAGCACCAACAGGGCGCUCCUUUGGCACCCCUGCCCCGCAGCACCACCAGCAGCCCACAGAAUCCCCUGUCGUCCAGGUCUUCUUCGUCUCCCUCUUCCUCCACCUCCCCCACGUCCUCCUCGUUAGUCGCGGAGACUCACGGACCCGGCAGACGCAGCGACAGCGCCACGCCGCUCUCGGAUCAGGGUCCGAUCAGGGUUCCGUCCACCUCUUCCGCUCCCACCGCCGUCCUGCACCCGGCUUUGGUCCCCUCGUCCGUGUCCAAGCUCUCUCCUCCGCUCCUCUCCUCACUUUCCGCGUUCCCCUUCGCCUUCAGCGCCUUCCCCAUCAUCUCCCCUGCCACUGCCAUCAGCCCCCCAGCUCAGAGCUCCAGCGUGGGCAAACCCUACAGACCCUGGGGGACGGAGAUAGGAGCUUUCUGACUCGAAUGAAAAAAAAAACUCGACACGUUCCGCCACACAGACUCGUUUCACCUUUCCAGCUGAGCCGGACUCAAGGACUAGACUGUAUGUUCCCCUGCAAAGAAAGUGUUGCGUCUUUUCUAUUUUUGAUGAAAUCCCACAGAGGAUAGUUAAAGGUUUUCAAAUUCUGCUGUUUAUUUUUUAUACAUAAAAAUGACCGAUCCCCGUUCCUCCCCACUCCUUCAGCGGUUUCACCUCCUGGUUGUCGGCCAUUCAAAGGACAGAAUCAGGAGGUGGUCAAGCAAGUUCCUGGGUGAAAGUACCCACCACCAACCCCCCUCCCUUUUGUUGUUUUCCUCAAACUGCACAAGCAAGACUCGAUGCCCUCACCACAGUGGGGAGGGACACAUCUGAGAGCCAUGACAGUACCCCCUCUCUCUUUUUCAUGAGAUUUUAUGGGGUGGAUUAACUGAAACCAGGCGUCUGUUUGACUGAACACUGGGAAGAAAAGUCAGAUACCAGCUCGGCUUGACUAGGCGUCGCCCCAAUCCGUCUUCCCAACUAAUGUUACCGUUCAACAGUAAAUUUUCACAUGUUUUUUUCUCUGAUGUAAACGAGACUAGGUUUAUUCACCAUCUCUCCAAUUUAUUCACAUGCAUUUCUUUGUUUAGCGUUGCAGCGUUGACUGUAAUUGUGUUGAAAGUAUUUCGGUCAACUCAGUUUCAAUGGAGCAUGACCGGGUGAUUGAUCAGGAUGGCAUCUUCGGAGUAGUUCUGCGUCAUUCUGCAUUGAGAUUUUGUAAAUGAAGGCUGUAGGUCUGUUCUAUUUUUUAAUUUUAAUUUUUUUUUUGUCACCUCAUCUCCAGUUACUUACACACGUUUAUUUGUUGAGUGUUACAGCGUUGCCAAUAGUCUUUCUAAAACUCUUUUGAGUCAAAUCGGUUUCAGUGAAACACGACCACAAAAUUGUUAAAAACGAGUCGUUUUGCAUAUAUGUUUUGUGUCUCCGCUUUUAGCUGAUGUGGUUUGUGGUUGCACAACAGAGCAACAAACAAAUGCCAAUAAAUUAGAGUUUUCAUCUUUUCCACUUCUGUUGCUGUUGUCAAUGACAGGUUCCCGGCAAUAAACAGUUCAUUCUGACAAA